GUUGUUUCGACAUACGGUAUCGUUUAAAGUUCAGCUCAAGCGAGAGCACACGAUCUGAACCCUGACUGUGUGUAGCAGACCUACUACUCAUUUACAGUCAACAUGGGCGAAAAUGAAAUGCUUCUGAAGAGACAAAGGGGAAAGAUUGUACAAAGCAUAAGAAAUCCAAUCCAAUUGGCUGAUACUCUGUUAUCCAAUAAACAUAUUAACGGUGAAAUGUACGCGAAAAUCAAAGUCAAGGAAACUACACAAGGGCAAACUCGUGAAAUUUAUGCCUUUCUCAAAGGCGAGGGGUUUGACUGCAUGAACGAUUGGUUGAAGGAGAACGAGUCAGAUGUGUUUAAAGAACUGAAAAAGAGCGACAGGGAGACUGAAUCACCACAGAAAAAACGACAGAGAGUUGAGAAUGAGGACGAAACAGAUAACACAGGAUUUGCUGAUCGAGGGGUAAAAUAUCUCACCUUCUAGCAUGUGAUGUGGAAACCUGAAAGAAACUGACACAGACAUGGAGAAGACAUGGCAAACACCACACAGAUGGAGGCGCUGAGAGACAGAAACACCACCCACCAUACUAUUGUCUCCUGAAUUUCCUGAAUCCUAAUAAAAAGAUGUAGCUGAUUUGCUGUCGAGGUUUUGCCCCUGGUUCUGUAGACGCUGAUUGGCUGUCGAGGUUUUGGCGCCAUUUCUGUAGACCUGCCUCUCUGGGUUUUCCAGGAAGGGGUGUACAGUUUAUUACAGUAUUUCUGCAUGUAGCUCAUACUGUAGUUCUGCCCAGAUUUCAGCACAAACACUAAACCCUAACUGUGUUCAGUGACUCUCACACUCAUUUACAGACAUCAUGACUGAUGACAGUAAACAAUUUCUGGAGAACCACAUGAGUGAAAUUAUACAGAAAACGAGAGAUCCAGUGGGUUUGGCUGAUAAGCUGCUUGAAAGAGAAGUAAUAUCUAAUGGACUGUAUAGUAAAAUAAAAGAACAAAAAUGCAGGGAAGAUCAAAUGCGUGAAAUUUACAGGAGUAUUAAUAGCAAACCGCACUAUGACUGUGUGUACGAAUGGUUGAAGAAGGACGAGCCCAAUAUGAUUGAAGAACUGGAAAGGAGCGACAUUGAAGCUGAAGCACCACCAAGAAAAAGAUUUAGAGAUUUAAAGACUCAUCAAACUGUAGAAGAAAGAGAUAACAAUAGAACAGAAUUACCUGAUCUCAAGAUGAUCUCCACCUUCCCCAAACUGGAAACCUGGGUGUCUGAAAAUAGUCAAAAGUUGAUCAGUGAUUUAGAGGGAAAACUUGGAGAAGAAGGCCUGGAGAAGUUGAAAAAAGAGUUAAAAGACAGAGAGUCAAAAAAUAAUUUAUGCCUCAAUGCUCACAACAUUGAUGAGAUCAGGAAAAAUAGGGAACUUGAGGAAUUUCUCAAUAACACGACUAGCAAAAAAAUUCCUAAAUUGACACUUGAAAUGUUUUUUACAAGUAGCUUUGCAUCAUCAGGAAAAAAGAUUAAAAACUUCACUGAUUACGACGAGCCCAUGGACACAAAUACAGUUGAAUUAAACAGCAGUGGAUAUGGAUCUCUACAAAGUGACCAGAGUUUGACCCUAAAUGAUGAACAAGCUGCAGGUGAAGACGGCUUAUCUGAUUGCAGCAAUAUCAGAGACGGAGACUUUAAUGGGAACAAAGACCACAAUGAUGUGCAGGAAACACACUUUGAUGAGAUGGAUGGGAAACCUCAACCUCUAGGCCAGUCUCCCAAUGUAUCUCCAAAUUACCCAAAUGAGCCAAUCAUAAAAACCGAAACUCCAGUAGGAGACACACAUGGAGACAUGGAGGAGAUCGAGGAAGCAAAUAUGCAGAAUAACUCUGAGUCUUCUUCAGAUCUGCUGCUGAAAAACGGUCCAGUUUCAUCGGAUGUACGGGACAAGAGUACGGGUAAGAUCAUAGUUAAAGAUCAGGACACAGCCAUGCCGGCUCCAGGGGAAACACAGGAUACUGUUCGGAUGGCAGAUGGCAGCAGUACGGGUUUCGUCACAUCUACAUCUGGGGCAGUAAAAGAUCAGUUUGGAGAAUCUUUCAUGAGCAAAAAAGAACCUGUUUCAGGAAGAAACAAAAAAGGAAGCAUGAAGGAAAAUAAGCUGAAGAAGAAAAAUCGCAUGAACAAUCUCCUUCGUGAUUGGGCAUCAAGACAGUGUGAUGGUUCUGAUGAAGAGAUAAAGAACGUAUUUGACCAGAUCUCGAUUAUAAACAUGGCAGAACACAGGGAGUAUCCGUGCUUUACUGCUGAAAAUGUCAGAGUGUACAAGAACCCAAAAACAUGUGAAAACCAAAUCAUCUUUAUUGCUGAUGAAAAGAUGCCCAAGACCAGCGCUGACACCAUGGUCCAGUAUCACAUGUUUGUGUGUGACCUCCAGAAGGCAAUCCUGUUGGGUCCUAAAGACAAGAAUGAAAAUAUUGAAUAUAAAGAGAGUAUCAUCAUAAUUAUAAACAAGUGUAUAAGGUUCAUUUUUGAAGUGUUUGCUCCCACUCUUGCAGUGUUUAAAAAGAUUCAGGAAGAAGAGCUGUACUCUCUCAUCUGAGGACGAUCCAGAUUAAUGCAUGACCUAACAUCCUUAGGACUAAAGCAAAAAAGAGAGGAAACCAUAAAGCAAAAUAAAAGGUUGUCGUAGGAGACUCAGGGCAUUAAACAGGGCAUUUCUCCUGGACUGGGUGAAAGACAGAUGGUUAAAGCCUCACAUCAAUACCGUGUGUCUUCCUCAGUAAUUUUUUUAUUUGUAAGUAACUUGUGGAAAUAAUUUUUUUCCUUCCCACAUAAAAAUGCUUUUUGCUGCUGCUGUUGUUGUUUGUCUUGUUUUUGCUGUUAAACACACAUAAGAGAAGCUGAUGUUGUUUUAUUAAUAACAGAACUGAUUUAUUUUCUGUUUUGGCCCAACCCCAUUACAGUGUAUAAGAGAGUUCGCAUAUACUUCCACAUGUACGAUAAGUUAACAUUGCUCAACUUUAAACUACAAUAAAAAAAAUACAAU